AUGUCAUACCAGCGUGAUGGCUCACCGAGUCCCAUGCCGGAGACACACCAGAUGGCAUUGAAAAUCCUCUACUCAUUCGACGACCACACCAGCUUUCUCGCGCGCUCCAAGAAGCCACAGCCGGUACGCACAAUAGAAGUCGACGACAUGGAUUUGGGGGUCAUCAGCAUCCUUCUGAUCCUCAGCUGUGUGAUGGAAGCAUCACCCGAGCUAUUUGCGGACCCCGCCAGGGACUACGCCAUAUACGCCACGGACGUGUUUGAGCCGGACCAGCCGUUGGUCGGCCACGGAAGAGUGUCACGGAUCUUGCAAAACGGUGGCAAAAGCGACGAUGAAGACGAUGAGCCGCAGAUGAUCAUGAUUCCAGGAAAAGUUUGUUCGAAUCUCAAUGCAUUGCUAACUGGGAGAAAGACCAAAACGCUUGAGGUGCGCCUCAGGUUCAACAAAGUGGAUGUUUCCAGAGCGCAGAAGUCGCACAGUGUUUCACAGAUCCAAAUAAAGCCCCGAGAGGCGACCCCACCAAUGGGCCAAUUCCAGACGAAUCCUUCCCGAAACCCAUCGAACAUAGCCAACAUCCUUGCGAAUCGUCCCAACCCCGCGCUGAAUCCCAUCACCAAGGCCACAAGAACCCAGUCCAUGCCUAGCGUAGGCAUCUUUAACACCGCCAUAAAGAGCCGCGCCCCGGGCUGGUACCCCAACGUUCUCGACAAGAUUGCCGAGUUAGACCACAAAAAGAAAACUGCCGAGGAGUUGGAAACUAGAAGGAUCCAGCUUCAGGAGCUGAGCACCAGGAACCGCCGCCGCAAGAAGCGCCGGACGUUCUACUCGGACGAUUACAUCUCCGAAGCGUCCGAGGAAAGCGAGGACGAAACGGUUCCGCUCGUACAGACCAAGCCCCCGCGGAACCCAGUGGUCAUGAGCGAGUACUUUGACGCGGAGAGGUACGACCGGCUCUUUGCGCAAAACGAAGGCAUUACAUGUUUCAACUGUCAUCUCAGCGAUACCAUCAUCUGGUACGACUUUAGCUCGCAGGCGGAGCGUGUGCGCGAGUACUACUUUGCAAUGCGGCGCCGCAACCUCCCGGGGGAGUCCGACAACUUCAUGUGUUCGUUGUGCCAGGAAUAUGCCAAGGCCAAGGGCCAGAUGCGGUCUCGAACGACCGUUCGGGAGUACCACCGGAAGAAGCUCUACAAGAGUAGUGCCAAGAACCAUAGUCCCGAGGUCAGAGCUAUCAAUGCCCCUUCAUCCCCCCCGCCGGUUGUUUCAACCCCAAUGGAAGGCCGAAAGUCAUCCAUGUUGCCUCCCUCGCGGACUCCUACCACUCUCAACUCUAAAGUGGCCUCGAAGCUCAUGACAAAACCAGCUUUCUCCAGCCCGUACACCACUACCCCUACAGACUCGUUUAUCCAUGAUUUCACAUUUCUAGAGGGCCAGACCGCCGACCCGACCAACCCCAUGACGGAUAUCGAUCCGUUGCCGCAGUUGGCGGCGAAAUGCAACACCACAGUGAUCAAUCUCAGCGAUUUUGACGAAGCGAAUAAGGAAAACCACACCCCUCUACACCAUCCCCCGGCGGUGGAAGACGUACAGUUGGACCAGAUGUUGCAGAUGGGGAGUGACGAUGCGAUGGUUGAAUUUGAGAACUUGAUCCGGCGGUCAUUAAAGAGCAAAUCGUCUCCCGUGUCGUUGAGUGGCUCUCCAUACAAGUUUGACGGAGCAAUGGCGGUGGAAGACGAGGACCCGUCCUGGAUGGACCAGCUUUUUUCCGAACCACUUAGCAAGGGGCUCGAAGCCACACCCGUCGAACAGACCCCCGUAGAUAUUCCGAAACGUGACAAGGAAACCCCGAUGACUAAGGCCAAUGAAAGUUUCCGCACCAUGCCCUCGUCUCCGUUGAGGAUCUAUGAGGACGAUAACGCGAGCGGUGUGUUGCCAUUUGCCCUAUCGCCCGCUAAUCACGAUACGCAUCACACGAUUGAGGAUGACUCUGAGGCCACAGAACAGAACGAAGGAUCACCGCCGUCCAGAAAGGGCGAUAUCUCCUAUGACUCACGUUCCUCCGCCUUGUUGCACACGAUGGGGAAUCCGUUCGCAAGUACACCGCCGUCGGAGUUGUCCGGCGGAGAGUCAAAGGUUCCGGGAAACGUGGAAAACGAAGGCGAAGUGGAGAUUUAA